CUAUGGAGGUGGAGAGUGAUUUGGGUGACAUACAGAACGAGGAAUUGCUGAGAAAAAUGUGGCAGCAGUCCGAGGACAGCGAACGCAAAAAGCAGAUCCGAUCGCAUCUCUAUAAGCUGCGCGAAUCGCGACUUUGCAAUCUCUACAGGCACGACCCAGAUCCAAUGUCGGAACCCAACGGCACCAGCACCCUGACCGGCUACGGAGGCAAGGAUCCAUUGGCCACCAGCCAUGGGGAUGCCCUGCUGGAUCAGAACUUCCAGAGCCUCAAGUCCAAGGAGGUUAGGGACUCGACCAGUCCCACCAACGAGCUACGUUUCCAUUCGAUGAGCCUCACCCAGCCGAACACCACCGGGUGGGAUGUGCAGACCUCCUCGGAGGUGAGUCCCGAUGGGAGGGCCUAUCGCACCGAGACUCUGGCCAAGACAGACGGCGUGGAGAAGCUCAAUGGUGGUGGCCUGGCCGAGUUCAAAGGUCGCAACGAGCAGAUAUCGAGUGCCUCCCACCAGGGCGAUGACAAGAACUUUGUGAAGCAGGCCUCCGAGAGCUCCAAGACCCAGCUCCAGGAGAAGGUGGUCUUCGGGGACGAGAACAGCGGUCGUACCGAAAUGAAAAUGAGCUCCACCUCGACCUCGUCGUCCUCCAAGGUGGUGUCCUCCUCCUCGACCACGGAGUACGGAGGCGAUGAGCCGCGCUAUCUGCUGGACAGCCAUACACAGGAUAGACAGCAGCAGCGGGAGUGGGAGCAGGAGCAGCGCUUCCAAGAGCAGCGCCUCCAGGAGCAGAUCCAGCGACAGGAGCAGCAGUUCCGUCAACAGGAGCAGCUCCAGCGUCAGGAGCAGCAGCAUCGUCAGGAGCAAAUCCAGCGACAGGAGCAAAUCCAGCGACAGGAGCAGCAACAGCACCAGGAGGAGCGCAUCUCGGAGAGCCGCAACGUCCAGACCCAGCAGCACUACGAGGAGAACAAGCGCUACGUGGACAUGGACAAGGCCUCCCCGGAGUACCAGCGCCAUGUCCAGCACCUGAUGGCCCAGCCCGGUGAGAUCAUCUCCAAUACGGUGGAGUAUCCCAAGCCCAAUGUCAAGAUGAUCACCACCGUGAAGCGACUGCCCGACGGCACGAUUGUGAAGAACAAGCGCUACGAAACGGAGCAGGUGAAUCCCAGCCAGAGUCAGACGAGCCAUCACCAGACCCACAAUCAAACCCACACCCAGAACAAGACCCAGACUCAUCAGAAUCUUCAGCAGAAUCAAAACCAGCGACAGGUCCAGGACGUGCAGGACAGUCAGGUGGAGCGGCAGGAGCGACAGGACCGCCAAGAGCAUGUGACCCAGUCGCAGAGCUUCUCCUCGGUGAAGAAGUCCAGUCGCCGUUUCUCCACAGAGACCACGUCGGAAACCGUCGAGGAGUACGAUGAUCGCGGCCAGCCCCUGUCCAGGAUUCAGCACAAGCCGACGGCUCACGCUCAAGCCCCACACCCCUCUGGCCAGCACUCGCCGCGCCAGUCGCCGGCCAAGGACUUCAGCACCCACGGCUUCCCCUCGGUGCGUCCCAACAAGCCCACCCAGGAGUACAUCAGCCAGAGGCCCACAACGGCCGGUCCCGAUGGCGAGGAGGUGGUGGUGGUGCGCUCGGAGAAGAGCCGCCAGGUGAAGCAGCAGACCAGCUCGCAGCGCACCACCGAAACGGAGGUCCUGGGCGGCGAGGACUACCCGCCCAGUUGGGAGCAGCCGGCCGCCAACAGACGUCAGCCCGUCGAGGACUUUAGCACUCAUGGGUUUCCGUCGGUGAGGUCGGCGCCCCACUCCGACCAGCCCGACGGGGAGGCGCUGCAGUCGGCCAAGCUGGUGAGUCGCAACCAGAGUGCCAGCCGGAAGACCAACACGGAGAGGAUCAUUGAGACCCAAGUGGGGUCAGCCGAAAACCCACUCCCCCGUCAGGCCAGUCCCUCACGUCGAUCUCAGCCCCGUGAGGAUUACAGCACCCAGGGUUUCCCCUCGGCCCGCACCCCGGCAGCCGGUAAGCCCAGUCAGCCCCAGCGGCCCAGCAGCACUACCAAGACCACCACUACCACCACCACAAAGUCCUCGACUCCGGAGCCGAUCACGCGCCGGCAGUUGCAGAAGGAGCGUGAGGUGGACGCCGCCCAUCGGGCGUUUGCCGCCUCGCUGCGCAGCAGUUCGCCGGCGGAGAGCACCACCUCGACAGGAUCGCAGCCGCACCACCGGGAGUCGCCGCACCAUCACCAGCAAACGCCGCGCUCCAGCAUCUCGUCCAACCGCACCUAUCGCCGGGAGAUGCGCGAGGGCUCGCACGAGAGCCAGGCUCCGUCCGAAUCGAGCCGGAUUAGCUCCACCACGGUGACUCGGCACUCGGGCGGUAACUCCACCACCACCACCACAACCACCAAGAAUAGAACCACCAAGCCACCAGUUCGAGGCCCCAGCGAGCCGCGGUCCCCAACACCGAAGACGGGAGGAACUGUGACCUCCACCACGACCAUCACCAGCACCACCAAGUCCAGUCCCAGUCCGGUUCCGGUUCCGGCCUCACCCACUUCAACCACGGCGCCAGAUAACAAGCUAUCACAGUAUACGUAUACUACCACUAAGCCUGGCGAUAUAUUCUCUCUGCCACCAACUACUCCUCCUACUAUUAACAACGAACCGACACUAACCACCACCACCACCACCAACAAACCAACAACAAGAACCACAGAGAACAUCCAGAGCUCCAACGCCAAGUCCGAACCGACCUCCAUCCCGAACCACCACCCAGAUAGCCAGACGAUCCGAAAACUAAAAGUUAGUAGUAAUGAGGCGGUGGCGGCAGUGGUGGAGGAGUCGCCCUGUGUGAAGCGUCACUAUUACAAGCUGGGAAACGAGGGGGAAGUCCCUGUGGGCGACCACCAGACCACCCCCGAGAAAUCCCCCGCCAGCAAGAAGUCCCAUCCGCAGAGGAAGCCUUACGAUGAACCGGAACCGGAGUUCCAGCCCAGACGGAGCUCCAAGUCGCCCAGCGUGGAGCGACGUACGGUGCAGCGGGAAACGACGUUCGAGGGACGCCGCAUCUCCCAGCCGGAGGAGGAGGAGCUCUUCAUCGAUGAGCUGAUCCUCGUCGAUGAGCAGAUAAAUGGAGCUCCAGGACUGCCUACAUUGCCGCAGAAGACUCAAGCUCCCGAGCAGCCAAAGGCCACUCCCAGGAAAAGCCCCGAGAAGGAGGUUAGCCAGCCGGCGAAGCGCGCCCAGAGUCCUGGCUGGACUCAGCCCAAGAUAUCACCCCGACAGAGUCCCGAAAAGCAAGUACCCCGAGCUCAGAGCCCGGAGAAGUCCUCGCCCAGGCAGAGUCCUGAGAAGCAAUCACCAGGAGCUCAAAGUCCAGAGAAAGCACCGGCACCUCGCGUUUCACCUCGCCAGAGUCCCGAAAAGCAACUGACCCCCCAAGAGAAACCCCGCCAGAGUCCUGAGAAGGACCUCCCGAAUCAACAACGUAGAGAAGAGGAAGUCUUCCGAAGCACCAUUACCACAACCCAAAAACGAACCACCAAGAAUCUAAACGAAGAAUUCCUAACGAACGAACGAGAUAAUCAGAAUCAGACGAACGAAAAACCGAAGCCCCAAGUUCCAGAAGAAUACGAGCCAAAAGCUGAGCCAGAGGAGCCCGUUGAGAGUCCUGAUGGCACCUUCCUCUCCAAGAGCCCAGAAGCCGAGCCCGAAGAGAACCAACCUCCCACGUACCGUAAAAAGGGUCUGACUCGUCGUGAAACCUUUGAGGAUCGUUGCCGCAAGAUCCUGGGUAUGGAAGAGGAUGGUGACACCCAAGGUAACUACACCCCGAAGCCAGAUGAUGAAGAAGACGAUCAGGACGAUCAGCAGGUUACUCAGACCACUGUCGAGACCAUUGAGGUGAAGAUCGAAGACUGCCCGGACGACAGUGACGAUGAUCGGCCGCGCCGAGUGACCGAAACCUUUGUGGUUCGUACCCAGCCGAAAAUCAAGGUGGAGGAGGAGCUCCUCAUAGAUGUGACUGAGUGCGAGGAGGUGGAGACCUCAACUCAGACUCCCAAGAAGGACCAGGGCCCGACAUAUCCCAAGGAGUAUCCCGAAAAGGAUUUGCCUAAAGAGAAACCCGCUCCCAAGUACCCGAAAGCGGAAGAGACUCCCAAGUUCCCGAAGGAACCUGAGAGUCCUAAGUAUCCGAAAGAGAGUCCUAAAUACUCCAAGGAGCCAGAGGCUCCCAAUUAUCCGAAGGAUCAAUCGAGUCCCAAAUAUCCAAAAGAGCCUGAAACUCCCAAGUCAUCCAGGAAGGAAGAGACUCCCAGGAAUCCCAAGGAUGACGCUGAAACCAUUAACGUCAACGAGCAAACCACCAUCGUCAUCACCAAAAAGGGCUCCAAGUCCCCCUCUCCUUCUCCUGAACGGAAGACUCCCAGGACCUCGCAGCCUGCUUCGCCCACCAAGCCCGACACAAGCUUCUUGGCCGAGAAAGUCAUUGAUUGCCAGGGAAAGACUGUUGUGGAGAAGAUUACCAAGAAGCCACGUUCUCCUAGUCCCACUUCCCCCAGGAAGCUAACAAAACCAGGCCAAAAGCAACCGGAAAAGGAGCCUGAAACAGAGUCGGAGCCGGAAAAGGAGUCUGAACCGGAAACCAAGAAGAAGUCCUCUGUGAAUGUCACCAAAACGGAAACCGAACGUCGCAAUUCCCGAACCACAAAGACGAAGCAGCCAUUGGCUCCGAAAGAGUCGCCUUCCAAGGCUCCACAGCCAAAGAGUCCCCGCAAGGACUCGCUGAAGGAUCGCAAGCGAGACAGCCUGGUGGAGGAGACUCGUACCACCACAAGCACCACCACGACAACCACGAAUGCUCGUUCGGGUCGCAAGCCCAGCGAUUCCAACAUCAAGGAUCGUCUGCGGUCUUCGCCUCGAAAGCAGAAGACUGCACCGCAGCAGACAAGGACACCCACUCCGGCUCAGGCUCGCUUGCCCGAGGAUAACGUGGACGGGGAUUCCACAUCUCCGGAUGUAAGUCCCUCGAGGGUCAGCACCGAACGCCGUCGAUCGAGCAACAUUUCUGUGCACACGGAGAUCAUUAUAGAUCACACGGCUCCCAAGUCCCCGAGGACGGAGAGACGUCCUCAGCACACUAAUGGAGUAGCUCCCAGUCCGAUCCGUAAGUUGCCCGUCACGGAGCGCAAGGAAUCGGCGCCAGUGCCGCGAGUAACUCGUCGGGACAAGAACGAAAAGGUGACACGCUCCACCAGCGAGAACAUCAUCAAGAUGCAGUCCAGUCCAGCCAAGCCCCAUCCGGAGAUGAGUAGCCUGAAACCGGUCGGAGAGCCGCGGAGCAGGCCCAGCAAGUGCUGCACCACCAAGACGAUUAACCUCAGCGAGCAGAGAAUCCACAAUACCUCCGAAAUCGAGGGCAUCAUCAUCGACAUCCAGCAGGCGAAGAGCUCUCGGGAGCCGUCUCCGGAUCGCAUUGUACCCACUCCGGUGGCAGCUGACGUGGAGACGGGUAAGCCGCGCUACCCGGACGUCGUGCAGGAGCCGGAUGACGAGCCACGUCGCAAGCCGCAAGUCACAAACAUUCCCAUUUUCGAAGAGGAAUCUCAGUCCUUUGUGGGCUGCCAGAUCUCGGAGAUACGCAACUCGAACGGCCUGGAGGACGACAUCCUCGAUAAUCCCACCGUGGAGGCGCCGAAGAGUCUCGAUUAUCCUGUGAAUCCCAUCGACGUGGACGAGAGUCUGCUGAGUGUCCACGAAAAGGUCUCGCGAUUCACCCACUCCGCCGAGAAGGUGAAGCAGCCACGGGUCUCCGCUCCCUUCAGUCGAGAGUUCGACACGCACGCCAAGAUCUCCGAGAACGACGAGUGCCUCCUGAGUAUCAACCAGAAAGUGGACAAGUUUCUGCGCACGGCUGAGAAUGUGACGAGGCCGACUUCGCUCUCGCCGCGAUCGGAGAUCGAGCGCCCAAGCCGGGAGGAUAUCGACGAGGAGCUGCUCCAGGACGACUGCACGCUGUCCGUCUCCCAGAAGGUCAGCAAGUUUAUCGACACCGCCGAGAAGCUGGCUCCCACUGUGCCCCAGAAGUCUCCACGCCUGGUGGCCAACAUAGAACGCCACAUCUCCCGGCAGAGUGAGCCGGAAAGGGAGCUCGAUGAGGAAUCGGAGCCAGAGCUGGAACGAGAAACCGAUGAAGAGAUUGAGGAAACAACUAGCCACCUGGAAGAGGAGAAAGAUGUCAGGCACACGGUCACCAGAAAAGAGAUCAUCAAGGAGACUCGCAGGACCUCUAAGGAUGAGCCGAAAAAGGUGCCUCAAAGGGAGACCAAGAAGGAACCCUCUUCCAAGCCCAAAGAGGAGCCCGAAACCAAGAAACUGGGUAAGGUGCCUCUAUGGGAGCCCAAACCUAAACAGAUUACUCCCAAGGAAACCAAGCUGUGGGAGCCCAGGAAACCCGUCCAAAGCAAGCCCAAGGACGAGGCCAAGAGGGACACCAAGUUGCCCCAAACGAAGCUCCGGGAGGAGCCCAAGAAGGUGCCCCAAAAAGAGCCGCGUAAGGAGCUUCCAAAGCAACCGGAAGAAGAGCCAGAGCUAUCUCCGGAAGAUGAGGUGGACGAGGAGCCCCUUCCCAUGAGCAAGACCCACACCACGGCCAUCGAAAUGAAGCGUCAAAAGGACAUUCUCUCGCGUCCUUCGGUCUUCAAUCAACGUACGCCAGAACGCAAGCCCUCGUAUCCUUCCUCGCCGACGAAAGUGAAUGGCAGUCGUCCAGGACGACCGAGUCCUAGCACCAGUCUGAUCACCGAGGAGAAACGAUCCUACAGGAACCAGGUGACCACCAAUCCGACCAAGCCGGUAGCCAAGAAAACGACACCCUCCACCACUCCCUCGGCACAAUCGCCCACUCCCAAGACAGCUAGUGCUACCACAAAGCGAAUGGAGCACGUAACCCAGCAACAGUGGGUCGUCCAGGACGUGGAUGUGGACGUGGAAGUGGUCGGACCUGCUCCACCCUCCCACAUCGUCGAAAAGACCCAGGGAAAGAGUCCAUCGCCGAGUCGUUCGCCGUCACGAUCUCCCUCCCGAUCGCCCAGUAGACGCACCUCCAGCACCACCACCACGACCACCACCACCACCACUGAGCACCAACGUUCCCCAAGCAAGACUGCCCCAGCCACUCCUAAACCGACAUCGACUCCGACUAACCUGACCAAAGCCGAACCCGAAAUCAUGCCCAUUGAAUCCCUUACAGAAACCAAGAGCACCACCACAACCACCACGACGACCGCCGCAGGACGUUCGGUGGCUAACCGCAGGAACGUGUUCGAGCCCACCGCCCCCCAGGAGACUCCGGAGGGUCGUCGUCCCUCGUACAUGGACCACACGAAGAGUUCGCUGGAGCACAUUCGUCGCGAUUCCCUGGAGAUCAACAAGAGUCACUACUCGAGGAAGUCCUCCGUGGAGGACGAUUCUCCGGCAGAGCCACGCAAUCCCAACGCCGCAGUCAAGUUCGAUGUGCCGCGGAAAGGGUCCCAAGAGCCCCGGAAGACAUCGCUGAAGGGUAAGGAGGACGACUCCGAUCUGGAGCUGGAGAUCGAGGAGAUCUUCGACUUGCAGCGCCUGGAACAGCUGCUGGAGACGGUUUCCAGCUACGAGAUGCGUCGCAGGAUCCGCGCCCAGAUGCGUCUCAUCCGGAAAAACAUGAUCAAUGCUGGCGUCACUAGCACCACCACAGUUACCACCACCAGCACAUCCACCUCCCCGGGCAAGAGCUCGCCCUCGCCCAAGAGGCGGGAGCAGAGCCCUCUGGGAAGUCCAGAGAGCAAGAUCACUAGUCGCACCACCACUUCCAGGCGAAAACAGCGCACGGAGCAGGUGGAUAGCACCACUUGCUGUCCUGGAAAAGUGUCUCCCACUGGAAAGCCUCCUGUGAAGCCGCGCGAGAGGAGCGCCAGUCCUGCCCAGAAGCGAAGGACCAGCCCACCCGGUAAACCAUCUCCGGGGGGUGGCAGCACCACCACCACAACAACAAAGGUCACCACCACCAGCACCACCCGUGGCGUGCCCAGCAAGCCAUCGCAAGGUCCCAUCUGGGCGGAUCGCUCCAAGGUAUUGAAGGGCCAUGCCCCGAUUACCCAAACGAAUGGCAGUACUCCUCGCAAGGGAUCCACCUCGAGCACCACUUCGACCUCAACGAGUGGCAAGAUUAGCCGGACGAUGACCAGUUCCAGCACCACCACCAGUAGCACCACCAAUUCGAGAAGCAAGCAGCGCGAGGAGGACUCGAUCACCUCCAGUUACGGCGUGGGACCGACGGACGAGAACGGAUUGCCUGUCUUUGGCUUAAGGGCCUUGAAGAAGAAGUCCACGCCUCCGGCAGACGAGCCCUGUGAGACCAAGCAAGAAGUCACAGGGUACGUGAUCGAGGAGCAGUUCUACUCGGACAACAAAUCCCCGCCACGUCACGAACGCAAGGAGCUGAUCUACUCCAGCAACCCCGAAGAACUGGCCGCCAUCAAGCAGAAGCUGCAGGACGAGGACCAGGACGAUGGCUCUGUGCCACAACUGGACUCUCGUCUGGUCAGGGAAUUCAAGAAAGUGGAGGCCCAGUCGCAGUCCCUGCCACCCGAAGACGCCAGAUACGUGCGUCGCGGAUCCGUGAAGGAGCUGAGCGAAAAGUUCAUCCGCAAGGAGUCCUCCUCCUCCACCCAUUCCACCCACUCUUCCACCCUGAUACGCAACGAGGACGAGACGGAGGACGACAGCGAGUCCACAGAGGUGUGCAGCGUCAUCGAGGCGCCACAAAUGCGUCAGAGUCACGUGACCAGCUCCACCCGCUCCAGUAAUACCCGAUCCUUCCUCAAUGCCAGUGCUGAUGAGCGUCAGGUGACCAGUGUGGACGAUGUCCUCGAAAGGAUGCGUAAUGCGGAUAAUGUUGAAGAGCCUGGAGACUCGAACGAAGAUCGGGAGGCACGUGCUCUCCUCAACAAGUUCCUGGGCGCCAGCGUGAUUAUGCAGGGCGUGGAGAGCAUGCUGCCACCCACGGCCACAGGACAGCGUUUAAAUAGUCAAGGGGUGAAGACCACGCGGAUAACCAAUACCUACAACACUAGCACUAGUAGCAGUAGCAGCAAAUCGGGAAACAGCACCACCAAUAGCACCAAUAACAAGGUCAGCAGCAGCAGCAGCUCCUCAGCACCAGUUACCCGAACAACUUGUGACAUCGAGGAGAUUUGGGACGAGCAGAUCCUCAAGAAAUUGCUGGAACAGGCGUCCACCUACGAGGAGCGUCGCAAAAUACGAGCACGUCUACGCGAACUUAUGGCGGAACGCGAAGAGAAAAAGAAUCCAAAGCAGGAGGCGGAGGAGGAGGAGAGCAGUGCCAGCGAGUAUGAGGAGAUCAUCGAGGAGGUAACCGACUACAGUGACGAAGAGGACGAGGAGCCCAAGAAAGAGGAACCCAAGAAGGAGGAGUCCAAGAAGGAGGAGCCCAAGAAGGAGCUCCCGACCAAGCAAGUGGAAAAGAAGCAAGUCAGCGAAAGUGUUACCAAGAAGCUGGCCAAAGUUGAGCUAGCCAGCAGCUCCUCCACUUCCACUGCCACGUCCACUUCCACUUCCACUUCCACCACAGACGGUGUUCAGUCGGUGCAGGGUGAGUCCCUGCCAGCAGGACCCAAGAAAACAGGAGCAACACCACCAACUGGUUCGGGAUCAGGAUCAGGAUCAGUCAGCAGUAGCUUAAGUAGUAGGAAACCCAGUAGUCUUAGCAGUAGCCAGGUUAGCACAGUGGUUAGGGCCAGGGACAAAGCCAAGCUGGAGAAGAUGCCAGUGACGUCAGGAGCACAAACAACCGGAGCAGGUGCACCCACUCGCUUGAGUGUGCCGUCCAAAGAGGAUUCCGGCACGGAAAGUGGCGAGGAUUUGCGGCUCCUGGCAGCCGGAUUGCGUGACACCCUGCAGCAGCGUAGUGGUAGCGAUGCCAGCGAAGCCAAUCGCAGCCUGGUCGAGGAGGUGACCGAUGCCCUCAGCCGCCUGGAGAGCAGCCUGAAGCAGGGCAAGGAGCUGGCCGUCGACGGUGGCCAGCGGCAGGCGUUGCUCGGCCUGGUGGCCCGCCUCCAGAGUGGACUCAGUGCGCCCGAGAAGCUGGCGGAGGAUCAGAAGAGUGCCCAGAAUCUUCCGCCCGAGGAGGGCGACGCCGGCAGCCCAGAACCGGAAACGGAUAGCCGGCAAUCGCGAUUCGCGAAGCGAAGGCAGCGAAACAAUCGACACACGGUCGGUGUCAGUCGGGAGGAGUUGGCGGACGCGAGGCGGUACAUGGAGGACAUGCUGAUGCUGGAGGGCAAGGAGUUCGCCCUGGCCAAGACCCCCAGCUCGGGGGCGGUUCCAGUCCAGCUCUACCGGCCCAAUCAGUUUGUGGCCAACAACCAACCGCCAGUGGCUACUCCAACCAGCCCCAGUCAGCCCACUCCUGCGGCCCUGAAUCCCAGCCAGAGUCCCGCCCAGCUGAGACCCAGCACCGGCAACAGACGUCCUCUGUCCGGGGACUAUGCCGUCAGCUUUGCCAACUACGAGGCGAACCAGAGCGGGCAGAAUUCGAGCCCAGAGGGAGCGAAUGGCGCCUCGCCCAGCAGCAACUCGCAGGGCAACUCCAAUUCCAGCUCCAGUUCCAGUCGCUUCGGCGGCGGCAAGAAGCAUCUGAUGAAGCGGGCCAACACCAUCGAUAUACCCAAGGCCAAGGCCAAGUACAUGGCCGAGUGUGACUCGGACUCGGACCUGGAGGACGAUCAUGGCCCGCACCUGGGUCUGAAGCGAGCGGUGCAGGUGAGCGUGAAGCGGAAGGUGCACAAUGCAGUGCCGCCGUUCGAGCCGAAGACCGAGAACGACCACAAGUUCCUGGCCUUCAUCAACAAGCAGAGCCAUCAGUCGGGGCUGGGGUGGGGCGGUGGCGGCGGACGCAGCGUCUCCAACUGGACGCACAAGUUCGGCAACAUCAAGCACACCUUCGAAACGGGUGCCGCCGCCACAGUGACGAAGGGUAAGCCGCCCCCGGUGCCGGGACACGUGCCCGGCUGGGCCAAACAGGAGCAGCUGCAUCACCAGCAGCUCCAGCGGGAGCAGAUGCAGCGGGAACAGCUCCAGCGGGAGCAGUAUCAGCGGGAGCAAAGGCAGCGGGAGCAGAGGGAGCUGCAGGCACGGGACCUGAAGCAGCGGGAGCAGCUGAAACGGGAACAGCAGCAACGAGAGCAAUUCCAGCGGGAGCAGAGCCAGCGGGAGCAGUUCCAGCGGGAGCAGAACCAGCGGGAACUGUCCAAACGAGAGCAGUUCCAGCGAGAACAGCUGCAGCGAGAGCAGCUCCAAAGGGAGCAGUUGCAAAGGGAGAAGCUCCAAAGAGAACAGCUCCAGAGGGAGCAACUGCAGCGGGAGCAACUCCAGCGAGAACAGCUCCAGAGGGAGCAGCUCCAGCGGGAGCAGCUGCAACUCCAGCAGCAGCAACAAACCGCGGCAGCUGUGCAGAUCGAGCGUCAGCGGCGGCAGGAGCUGGAGCGCCAGCUGCGACUCGAGAAGGAGGCCCGCUACGAGCGGGAGGAGCGCAGUCGCCUGGAGCGGGAAUACUACGAGCAGCAGCUGCAGCGCCAGCAGGCGGAGAGGCAGCUGCAGCUGGAGAAGCAGCGCCAGCAGCAGGAGCAGCUGGAGCGCCAGAGGCGGCAGGAGAUGGAGCUUCGCCUCCAGCAGCAGCGCGAACAAGCCGCCCAGGUCAACAACUUCAUCCACGCCCCCCAGUCCGUCUUCCGGCCCAUCGAGCACGAGGCGCAGCCCCAGCCGGGCAUCUACAAGCCGAUAGCCCAGAAAUCGCAGCCGAAUGCAGCUCCGGUCUGGAAGCCACCCCCCCAGCAGCAGCAGCAGCAGCCGCCCCAGUCGCAGCAACACCUGCAGGCCAGAUCAGCGCCCACCUACAGCAAUACUCCGUCCCCGUCCUCGACAGCCACCUCGCCCAUUGGCCUGCCCUGGGUGGCGAAGCCGAAGGUGGACAACAGCGACUUCCGGCGCAAGGCCCACCACUUUGAGGAGCGAUCUCUGAGGGACAAUCUGGAGCAGCAUCCGCAGCAGGCCUAUUCCAACGGAAGCCAGGCCUACCUGCAGCGGCACAACUCCCUGAGAUCCAAGGCGGCGCCCCCAGCUCUCAGUGAGUUCAAGAAGAGGCCAUCCCUGCCGAAUGCCAUGGAGCCGGGAUCUGGGGCGCCUCCACCAGUGAGGCAGCAGCUCUACCAAGCCCCGCCACCUCCCACGAACAUCUCGUUCACAUACGCGGACUUCCCGCCGGUGCGGAGGCAGCAGGGCGGCAGUGCCCAUGCCUACCGGAGCCAGCCCUGCCUGACGAGUGCCGUGGAGCAGGCGGAGCCCCUAACGAACCCGCUGGGAGCACCUCUAGUACUCACCAGCUCGAAUCCCACGUACCUACCGCCCCCGGGACAGCGGCGAUUCGAUUACAUCAGCAGUCCCGUGGACGUGGACGGGGAGAGCCCGCCGAACAGCCCCACCAGCUUCCUCACCAUGCCCAAUCCCAGCCUGAUGACGGACAACACCGACGAUGAUCUCGACCUGGAUUCGGACAACAAUAUGCUGGAGUACCGGGCGGAGACGAAGGUGAUGCGGAAGCCCAGAAGCCAGACGGCUGUGAGGGUGGCGGAUCGCAGGAACGCCCACAUGAGCGACGACGAGGUCUACGGUCGCAAUUCCAGGGCAGCCAAGUCGCUGCUCCACACGAUGAAGCAUCUGGGCGGAAGUCCCGGAGCCCCAGCCUCUGGCAGAGCUCCAGCUCCCGGCCAACAGAAGCGUCAGCCCCUGACGGCUCCGAGCUCCCCGAAAGGCGGAUGCCUCUCACCCGACGGCCGGCAAUAUCAGGCUCCGUUGGUGGAGCCCCUCUUCCCGCAGCUGAACUUUGAGCCCAAACGGCAGCCACAGUACUCCGCCACGCCGCCAACUUCCGGGGUAUCCACUCCCCAGAUGAAUUACCAGGCGAAUCCCACCUACACACCGCCCAGAACGCAACAGGACUCGAACUCGUAUUUGGGGGAAACCCAUACCUCGUACGUGGUGACCUAUCCGAUGGAUGACUCCGGGGAUGAGCCCGAGCCGGAGUCCCUGGCCAUGUCGCAGCGCAUCCGUCGGACGUCGGAGCACUCGAAUGCCAGCUCUUCGUUGUCCUUGGGCAGCACCAGCUGGACGCCGAAUCCUGUGCACAAUGUAGGUCCUCCCGUGGAUCGGAGCACUAAGCCACAAACGCAGGUGACCCCGAAGGUGGCUGCCCAGCAGUUGCCCAAGCAGAUGCCUCAACAAGUGCCUCAUCAGGUGCCUCAAAAGGUGCCUCAACAGGUGCCCCAUCAGGUGCCUCAUCAGGUGCCUCCACAGGUGCCUCAGCAGGUGCCUCAACAGGUGCCUCAGUUGCCUCAGCAAGUACCUCGGGAGGUGCCUCCACAAGUCCCACAACAGAAGCCUCAGCCCGUGCCCCAAAAGCUCCCCCAACAACUGCCUCAGCAAAUACCUCUUAGCAGGCCACGUCUCAGUACCCGCAGCCACACCAUCCAGGGUGACGGCGGCUACGAGAACCGACCUCUCCAGAACCGUGUCAUGUCCCAGCAAACCCUCCUCCAGUCGACCAGCAUCUCCCAGAAGCAGCAGACGGAGCAGCACAUCAGCGAGCUGCGUCGCAAGAGUCUCGGCAAUGUCCUGGAGAGCAGCCAGCGGAGCACCUACAUCGAGCAGCAGCAGCAGGAGUACAAGUCCUCGGCCCCGCCAGACACGCCGGACAUCGUCAAGUCCUCGCUGCCCAAAGAGAACGCUCCGCUGCUGAAGAAAUUCGGGCCACCACAAAGACAUCACUACGUCCCGAAUGCCUACCAGAGUCCUCAGAUCAACAAGCAGGGCAGCACCACGACCUCCAGUACGACUGUUUCCAGCAGCACCACGAUGGUGCAGCAGCACCACCAGCAGAUCAAGCCAAGUAUUGUGGAGACCCCGGCCACGCCACAGCCUCAGGUGCCGCCCGAGGAUGAGAUCCCCCACAACAUCGUCUUCAACAACGUGAGCGCCUUCACGUCCCUGAGCCGGCGCCACCAGGAGGAGGACUCCCACCAGCAGCAGUCGGCCGGUUCGCGGGUGAAUCGGCUGAGCAAGUGCGACUCCUGGAAUCAGAUCUGCCAGCUGCAACAGCAGACCCAGCCCACCCAGCAGUCGUACAACCAGCCCGGAUCUCAAGGUGGCGGUGAGCUGAGAAGGACCAAGUCGGGUCACUCGCUGGCCGUGCCGAAGCUCUACGAGGCCGGCAUCGACAAGGCCCAGAUCAGCGAGAAGCAGCGCACAGUGGCGGCCUACUUCUCCGGCCAGAAGUCCCCGAACAGCCAGAUGGAGGAACUGCGUCAGAUGACCACCACCACAUCCCGGAAAUCGGCCAUAAAUCGCACCAAGACAAGCGAGAAGCUCUCGGCGGCCGCCAGGAAGUCACUCAGUUCCCUGACCAGUUCCAAUGGCAACAUGUCCUCGGUGGGCGUCUCCCGGGUUGGAGGGGCGCCCAUGAUCGGCGGAGGACUGAGCCGGAGCGCCACCAUGCCGCAUAUAGCGAAUCUGAAUCUGCUGGACGAGAGCAAUGUGGAGGACGCCUUCGAGCAGCUGAUGAUGGCCCAACACAAGAGCUCCUCCUCGACCAGCGAACAGCGAACGGAGACAAAGUCCUCCAAGGAUGGCGGUGCCACAGUGACUACAACAACAACCAAGGUUACAACACGCACUGUUAGUGGCAGUGCCGCCUCCAAAAAUAUUUCGCCCUUGGCCAAAUUCAAGCAAUUGGAUAAACAGGCCGCUGCCCAACAGGCACAAAAAUCAUCUCCAACAACAACAAGCACACCCACCACCCCCGGCGGUUCGGCACAACCGUUAUUCAAAUUUACCGAUCCGGCAUUAAAUGCGCGCGCCGCCACUGUCAAGGAUCAACUUCUGCAGUGGUGUCAGCAUAAAACGCAGGAAUAUGAGAACGUCCAAAUAACCAACUUUAGCUCGAGCUGGUCAGACGGCUUGGCCUUUUGUGCGCUGAUCCACCAUUUCUUGCCAGAUGCAUUUGAUUUCUCCAAACUAACCAAGCAGACGCGCCGCCACAACUUCGAGCUGGCCUUCAGCGUUGCCGAUGAGAAGGCUGGCAUUGCACCCUUGCUGGAUGUGGAGGAUAUGGUGGAGAUGAGUCGUCCGGACUGGAAGUGCGUGUUCGUCUACGUUCAGAGCAUAUAUCGCCGGUUCCGGAACUGUCAAUAGAACCCACAUCCAAUCCAAAAAAAUAAAAACAAAAACAGCAGUCAGUCCAAAUCUAAUUAACAAAGUCAGCAGCAGCAGCUCAAAGGCAACAAGCAGCAACUCAUUAAAUUUUAAGCAGAAUCCCUUUGGCAUUUCUUUUCCUCAAAAAUAUCCUGCAAACAUCUAACUGUAUAUCGGCAUAUGUAUGAUAUAUAUAUUCAUUAUCUAUAUAUGUUAUAUAUAUAUUUAUUUCUUUAAUUGAAGCGCAAAUGGCAGCGCAGGCUCGUCGAACUUGAAACAGCCGACUCUUUGUACGUUUUUUGUGUUUGUUUUACUUUUUUACUAUUAUUACGAUUACGCAUUAUUAUUUGUUAUCGAACUUGAAGCAGAAAAACUAUGCAAUAAUUGUUGAUUUAUAUAUAUAAACAUUAUUUUUUUUAUAUUAAUUUUAAUUGUGAAACCACCAAUCGAGGUGAGUGCAAAUAAAAACAAAAAAAUAAAUAAGAAAGCAGUGCAGUUACUAACCCUGCUGGCGCAUCGGCUAUCGAUCGAUAAUAAAUGGAUCAUUAUUACCACAAUAAACAUAUAUAUGAAUAUAUAUAGAAAUAACGGUGCCGUCGCUCACAUUGAUGAUGAAUUACUGUAAUAAUAAACAUAUAUAUAUUUUAUGUACGUAUGUGUAACGAGAACGAAACAUUUACUAACCGAUGCCAAUCGAAAAGGCCGCAAACAAAAAUCAUAAAACAGCAAAUGAAACUCAA